AGUGAGUGGCGGCGCUCGAUGGUGCUGCUGAAGUUUUCAAGAUGUCGCUGGAGCAGAGACUCUCCCGAAUCGAGGAGAAACUCAAGCAGGAAAAUAAAGAAGCCCGCAAACGAAUCGACCUGAACAUCGACAUGAGCCCGCAGCGCUCGCGUCCGAGGCCAAUCAUCGUGAUCCAGCUAAGUCCAGCUCCAGCCCCCUCCCAGCGCGCAGCUCUGCAGUUACCGCUGGUGAACGACAGAGGAAGUCGCUCGUCGUCCACGGAAAGCUCUCCCCAACACCCCUCGUACCCCAACAAACCCCGGCAAAUGCUCACGCUUCCCACACCGCCCUACUGCCUGCAGAAGAGCCUCGAAAAUGCUGAGAUCGACCAGAAGCUGCAGGAAAUAAUGAAGCAGACCGGUUACCUGAAGAUUGACGGACAGCGUUACCCGGCUGAAGUGGCGGAUCUGAUCAGUGAGGGCGAGAUCGGCAGUGGAACAUGUGGACAGGUGUUUAAAGUUCGCUUUAAGAAGACGGGUCAUGUCAUCGCUGUCAAGCAAAUGAGAAGGACGGGUAAUAAAGACGAGAAUAAGAGGAUCCUCAUGGAUCUGGACGUUGUGUUGAAGAGUCAUGACUGUCCAUACAUCAUCCAGUGCUACGGAGCUAUAGUCACCAAUACGGAUGUGUUCAUCGCCAUGGAACUAAUGGGGACGUGUGCAGAGAAGCUGAAGAAGAGGAUCCAGGGGCCCAUACCAGAGGCCAUUCUGGGAAACAUGACCGUAGCUAUCGUGAAAGCUCUGCUGUACCUGAAGGAGAAACACGGUGUGAUUCACCGAGACGUUAAGCCAUCUAAUAUCUUGUUGGAUGCCAAAGGGCAAAUCAAGCUGUGUGAUUUCGGCAUUAGCGGAAGAUUGGUGGAUUCUAAAGCUAAGACUCGCAGUGCUGGAUGUGCCGCGUACAUGGCGCCUGAGAGAAUAGACCCUCCAGACCCUAGUAAACCAGACUAUGACAUCAGAGCUGACGUCUGGAGUCUCGGCAUUUCACUGGUGGAGCUAGCCACAGGACAGUUUCCUUAUAAGAACUGCAAGACAGACUUCGAAGUCCUGACCAAAGUCCUUCAAGAGGACCCACCAGUCCUUCCUCUCAGCAUGGGCUUUUCUCCAGACUUCCAGUCCUUUGUUAAAGACUGCCUCACAAAGGAUCACAGAAAAAGGCCAAAAUACCACAAGCUGCUUGAACACAGUUUCAUUCGACGUUACGAGGUGUCGGAGGUGGACGUGGCGGGCUGGUUCCAGACGGUGAUGGACCGCACAGAGUCUCCGCGCAGCAGUCAGUGCUUCAGUCACCACCAGCUUCACUCUCUCUUCAGCAGGUAGCCAGACGGAGAGCGAGAACCACGUGAUAUGGAGAGUUUGGUUUGGAGACGGACAGACAGGUUUUAAAUGUAAAUUAUGGAAUGGAAGGAGCAGUGGAAACACAGAUUGUAAAAGACGAAAUGGCUGUAAAGUAAGAGAGAAUGUUCGUUUGGGAGUUUGACCGAUCGACAGACACUCCUGAGCAGGUUCAAUGUCAAUUUGAAAUACUUUUGUCGUCCUCCACCCGUCGAACAGGAUGGAACGUUACAUGGUCACAGUUACACACUCUCAUUGUGACACGCACACACACACAUGCACGUUUACGGUACUACACUGUUUAAUUGCUGAUAAGUAUUCCUCACCGCACACAGUACGAUUUAUAUACUUCUGCGCCGAGGAUCUGCUUAAGCUAAAUCCGUUCUCCUCACGUUCAAUAUCAACACGUUCUCCGUAGCCCCUUACUCAGGGACUGAACAGAGUAGUCAUACAACACUGUGCAAUGGUGUGUGUGUGUGUGUGUGUGUGUGUGUGUGUGUUAGGUUUAUCGGUUCUACCGUUCUGCAAAAUGACGCAAAUAGGGAAAGAAUUUAUGAUAUAUGGCUCAGUUAUAUGUUUUGUAGAAGUGUUAUUUUCUGUGCUAGGGAGCGUCAUCCAAUAUUUCAGUAAUAGUGACUAGGAUUUUAAUAAAUGGAGAUUUUAGAGGUCAAACUUUUAAUACUUGAUGUUUAGAUUGUUAUAAUAGAUUUGGUAUAGAAUAAUGAUGAAGAAAACUGCAUAUGAAAAUAAAACUAGUGGUUGACCGAUAUGUAUUUUCUACUUAAUGCAAAACCGAUACAAUGCUUAGUCAUAUUACAGCAAAAAAAUAUGAACUUAAACAUUUAACACAGUUUUUCCUCAAAGUUCACUAAAUUAAAUUGAAAUUGAAAAGUAGGGAUGUAACGAUUCACUUAGCCCGCGAUGCGAUUCACAAUACUGAUCUCACGAUACGAUUUAUUUUUACAAAAUGAGUUAGACAAAUUAGAAAUGAACAACUGCCCUUUUAUUAUUUCUCAAAUGCUGCACGUUUCUUUGUGAAUUUUUUUUUUGUCAAAUAACAAACCUGAAAGACUCUUUAAUAUAAACAAACUAAGACUUUGUCUGUGCUUUUCUUGGAUUUUUUUACAUUUAAGAAAUAUCGGCAUAACCACUUUUUCCAAGUUUGCCGUAAACACAGAGGCCCCUGCUGUUCAAAACAUGUAUUGCGAUUCAAAUAACAUCUCAACCGGCUUGAAUCGUCACAUAUUAAAAUCGAUUUUCAACCGGCUCACGGUGAAGCGUUGCAUCCCUAUCGAAGAUUUUGUCCAUCGACAAGAUUUUGAAAUUGACUAAGUAGCGGUAAAUAUCGGCAUGCUAUUUGGCCAGAUAUUGGUCUAUCACUAGAAAAAAAAAUUGUCCAGAUGCACACCUUAGGUGGGUGUUAGAAGUAUGAGUUAAGAGUUUUAUCUGUGACUAUUGGAAGACUAGCUGAACGAUGUCGUAGUCGCUUUUAUUUAUCCAUUGAAAGAGACAAGCGUAGCAGUUUUCCGUGAAGAGGAGGAGAGAGAGACGUUUUUGAGUGUUUCCUCAUUGAUAAACUUUCUGAUCUGAUUCACUCGACUCAUCAAUGUUUGUUGUGUCAUUUCAUUCUGUUUCCAUAAGCAUUAGAGUUCCCGUAAACCAAAGUUUUUUGUUUUUUUAACACUUUAUUUUUGGACACUGCACUGCUCUGUUCUCAGUGUAUCUCAGCACAUGCUCGUGGGUCACGCUGAAGGUUUUCAGCAACUUUCACAACCAAAGCUCUAGAGUUUGAGAUUCACCGCUUUAAGAAGCCAAAUCACUGCUAGUGUGAGAAGACCGAAUCGAGAGAGAAUCUGAGGGUAAGGGUAUGUUGUUCAGGAAGGAAGUUUUGUGUUGUGGAAAAUGGUCGUGGGUAAGGAUGUUUGUGGAAAAUCUAGGUGGAUUAUUGAAAGUAUGAGAGAAAGACGUCAGUUAAGUCCUAUAAAUGAAAAGUAUCCACUUGUUUUUGGUGCGGGAGAUGUAAGGUGUUGGUUUUCAUAGGUUGCUGUUUCGCGAGCUAGCUGGAUGUUGCGUAAAAGCUUUCAAUGGUAUCGAACCAAUGUGUCGUGUUUUUAUUUAGGGGGUUUUUGUUAUCUUCUGCGUAUUAUCUGCUAUUAUUCUUAUGAUUAUUUAUUUAUGAUCUUAUUGCUGCUACUAUUUACUUUAGAUGCUGCUGUCAGUUUUAUAUGCCCCAAAGGACUUGUUUUUCCUAAACCAAAUGCAUAAACACGGCAACGUGUACACGUUACCAAAUACAUGAACCGUUACCUGUCAAGCGCUCGAUACGAUGGGGAAAUGAAAGCGAGGAAGUUAUCUGAAGAUCUGUAGUUCACAAUGUCAAGUCACAGACUGCAGCGCUCGCACAACUAAUAUGAAUAACCGCAGGUCAUUUUUAUUAAACACACACCGACUGGAUUUAUAUGUAUAUAUAUAUUUGAGCUAGAGUUCAGUCUUUAUUGCACCAUUAACCGUAGCUCAUGCAAGCUCACAUAUGGUUGUAAUUGUCCUCCUGUGUCCGUCCUGCGGUGGAUGAAUUUGGGUUUUUGAAAUCGGGUCAAAAAGGAUGAACAUGCGGAUUUGUUCAAAAAGAAUGUGCUGUAUUGCUACACCGCUCCUGUUAAAGAGACAGUUCACCUAAAAACACAACUUCUUUAAUCAUUUACUCACCCUCAUGUCAACCUGUGUGACUUUUUCUCUUCUGCAGAACACAAACGAUGACAUUUUGAAGAACGUUGGUAACCAAACAACAAAAAUAUUCCUGUUUUACGACACAAGGCUGAUCUUGUUUUUCCAGAUGCUCCAACAUAGACACGCAAUACGGGUCGAUGUAAUAGUUUAUAUUAACUAAACAUUUUCUAACAUGGCUUGCCAUCAAUGUGACUUCGAUCUCUUGUUGAAAUUCAUCACAGAUAUCGUGAUACCUGCCUGUCUGUCUGUCCGUCCGUAAUUCUCUCGGUAGACCUCACUGCAGCAUUACGCAUCAUAGGUGUCAUCAAUAAAACAUUGUAACCAGUGACGUUGUUUGUAAAUGCUGGAUUGUUGCUCUGAGGAUGCAGGGAAUGUUAUGUAUGUACAGGCCUGUGAUGGGUGAAACCUCACACCCUUCUGAUCAAAACUCAACAUGACAUCUAAUGCUUUAUUUUCACUCUUCUCAUUCUGUUAACACACACACACACACACCUCCCUUUGGUUUUAAUGGACGUUUUCUGGCACUUUUUUGCUUUCAACCCUUAUUUUAACUUGAAGCAUCACUCUUCUGUUUUUUUAACUAGAGGUUUUUAUCACAUGUAUCCUAAACUCUGUCUGACAACACCAAACGAACAUGUACAGAGAUGUAAAGCAAACCUGUAGUUUCCAUAGCAUUAUUAUGUGUGUGUGUGUUGCGCAUCACUGCUUUUAUUCUAGCGUGCUCUUCCAUCAUGUCAUAUGAUGGUAAAUCCAGUCUUUAAAUAUUAGAAUUGUAGUUGUUUUUGAGUUCUCGUAAGGACGCCCCACCUGUAAGCAAACCAAAUACUCACUAUGCAGUCACUCAGAACAAAACCGGUCGCUUUUCCCUUGAACUUCCUGUAAAUGCACGCAACUACUGGAGAGACGGAGAGAAUCCCGAGCGUCUCUUUGGUCUCCGUGAUGUGUGAGGGAAUUUCUGAUCGAUAGUGUUUUCUUUGUUGUUUUCUAAAAUGAGCUGACAUAUUUAAGGAUUGUACUGGGGUUGGUAGUUUGUCCAGUGCUGUAAGUAUAUCAAUUGCAUGUUAUGAUCUUCGAAGUAACUGCCGUUGAUCUUUACACUUCGUUUGGGGGGAGGGAGACGUGUAAACGUUUAUCUUUAUUUAUGAUUUUUACAUAUAUAAAAAAUAUAUUUUCUGUACGUUUUUUUCACCAAAAUAUCGUGUUUUUAGAAAAAGACACACUUUUGCCUUUUUAUGUCUCCUUGUUUUGAUCUGCUUAUGCAUUAUAGAAAUUCUACUUGUUUGAUUUUUGUUUGUGUUGUAUGUUUAGUCGUUUGUGUUCAUCUGUAUUUGUGUUUGAUCUUACAAGAGAGUGCUAAGAGAGGUUUUAGCGAGCAAGAUAUUGCGUCUUCACCUGUUAGGAAACCAAACGUGUUGGUUUUGUUUUUAAAAUACCGUUUUGUCUUCACAAUGUUAUUACUCUUCAGGGUUAAGAUUACACCAAAUUAAAAAGAGUCGAGUGGGACAAAUCGCGAGACGUUUGACGUUUGCUACAAAGGUGUGUCUUUUUCUGUAGAAGCCAAGCAAUCGCUUUAUUGCUUUGAUGUUCAUUUUUUCAGAUUUGUACAUUUAUUUUUGUUUGUGUAGUAAGUUUUUCGCCCAGAGCUGUUUUGCUGUAUGGUUAGAAUGUGUCUUUGUGGAAAUCUCACUAUUUGUAGCUGCUGCUGUACUGGAGGUUUUAUUUUAAUAUAUAUAUUUUUUUGACGUGAUGAUGAAUUUAGAACCAUGUAGUUCACAAAAUCUGUUUGAUUGGUUUAGAAAUGUUUAGACCUGCUAAUUCUGUACUCUGUUGUUGUUGGCAUCUUUACACCGCUCGAAAAUAUAUUGUAAUGUUUGAUUAGAAAUGCUUUCGUGCCAACAACAGACAAUACGAAUAUACGGACGUUAUAGAAUACAGAUAUUAUGAUGCAACGUUUUCACUCUUUUCUGGAAGAAAUUCGAUAUUUGAUGUGGUAUGUAAAAAAAUAAGACUGAACCUCAACAUCCAAGCACGAAUAAUGUGUCUUUGAUGAAUAUUGAUCUUUUUUAUUUAUUUAUUUUUAUUGCUUUCUUUCUGUUUUGGGUUCUUAGCCUGGAACAAAAGUAUCCCAAACUGUUGUAUUGAGAGACAGCCAUCACCGUUUUAUCAUCACAGUUUUACCCACUUGUUUUGUUUCUCUAUUUCAAGUGAAAGAAAUGCCAUUAUAUUGUGAAUACCUCAGGAUUUUUUUGGGAAAAAUUCAAAACACAAAAACCUAAAACAAAUAAAAUGCAAAAAACUG